AUGGGCAAGCAACCUCACGACACCAGCUCCGUGGCUACGGAUGCUCCUGUUGUGGUGGACGACAAUGGCGUCGGUGGUAGCGGGCAACGCGAGACCCCCGAGGAAGACCUCCAGCAGGGUGUCCGCGAGAUGGAGGCCAUGACCAAGAACUGGUCCAAGUGGUCGCUUUACGCCGUCUUCUUGAACAUCUGGUUCCUCUACUUCACCAACGCCUUCCAGAGCGGCAUCCUCUCCAGUCUCCUCCCGUAUAUCACCAGCCAAUGGGAGUCCCAUUCCUUGCUGAACACGAUUUACAUCGUCGCGGACGCGAUCACCGCUGCGUGUUACGUCCCGAUCGGAAAGAUCAUGGAUCUCUGGGGCCGUGCCGAAGGCUUCCUCUUCAUGACGAUCUGUGCAACCGUUGGCCUGAUCAUGAUGGCCGGCUGCAACAACCUGGCGACCUUCUGUGCCGCAUACGUCUUCUACUCCCUCGGAUUCGGAGGCAUGACGUACUGCAUCGAUGUCAUCACCGCCGACGCUUCCAUGCUGAAGAGCAGAGCCUUGGCCUAUGCCUUCACCUCGUCGCCCUACAUCAUCACUGCCUUUGCGGGACCCACCGCGGCCGAUGAUGCCCUCGGUGCGAACGGCAUUGGCCUCCGCUGGCCUUUCGGCAUCUUCGCCAUCAUCUUCCCCCUCGUAGCUGCGCCCCUGUACGGCGUGCUGAAGUGGAACAUCAAUCAAGCUGUCAAGUCUGGUCAGGUGGUCAGACAGCCUAGCGGUCGCACCAUCACUCAGAGCAUUUGGUUCUAUAUCAUCGAGUUCGACGCCGCCGGCGUGUUCCUCUUCUCCGCUGGCCUCGUCCUCUUCUUCCUCCCCUUCGACAUCGCCGGGAGUGCCCCCAGCAGCUGGGACACCCCGUACAUCAUCGCCAUGUUGGUGGUGGGAUUCGUGUUGCUGUUCGUGCUGAUUAUCUGGGAAACCUGCUUUGCGCCGAAGCCGUUGCUCUCCCUGGGCUUCCUCUAUAACCGCACCGUGGUCGGAGCCUGUCUCCUGGAUGCCACAUACCAGCUGUGCUACUACUGCUGGGAUAACUACUUUACCUCUUUCCUACAGGUAGUCAAUGACCUCAGUGUGGCCGACGCCGGUUAUGUCAGUAACACCUUCGACGUCGUCUCGGGGGUGUUGCUCAUCAUCGUCGGUAUCUUGAUCCGACGCACGGGCAGAUUCAAGUGGCUGCUUUGGAUUGCCGUCCCGCUGUAUAUCUUUGCACAGGGCCUGAUGAUCUACUUCCGUCGCCCGAAUCAAUCAGUCGGCUAUCUUGUCAUGUGCCAGGUCUUCAUCUCCAUCGGUGGAAGUGUCUUCAUUAUCUGUGAACAACUGGCCAUCCUCGCCGCCGUGGACCACCAGCACUUCGCAGCGGCCCUCGCCUUGUUGAACGUGGUCGGUACAGUGGGCGAUGGCAUGGGCGCGACCAUCUCUGCCGCUGUUUGGCAGAACACCUAUCCAAACGCCCUGCGCAUGUAUCUGCCUGACUCGGCGAUGGACAAUUUCGACAUGAUCUAUGAGGAUCUCGACACCCAAUUGAGCUACCCCGUCGGAUCCGAGACCCGUAUCGCCAUCCAGCAUGCUUACGGCUACGCGCAAACCAGAAUGCUGGCGGUGGGCACGGGGAUCAUGGCCUUGGCUUUCAUUUGGGUCAUGAUGAUCAGGAAUAUCAACCUGAAGGAGGUGCCUCAGGUCAAGGGAAUGGUGUUCUAG